CCUGACUACUAAGAAGAGAGAGAGAGGGAGAGUGAGCAAGCAAAAGAGAGAGAGAGAGAGUGAAGAGGCAGACAGCAGAAUCUAUACUGUCAAAAGAUCCGUAGAAACCUUGCAGGUUCUUCAGGAUUUGGUAGCCAGGCAGUACGAGCAGCUGAAAGGAAAACUGGGGGCAAUCUUCAAACGUAUUUGGGGAAUCUGAAAGAAAAAGGGAGCAAGCCUGUGGAAGCUACAACUGUCAAGCACAGAGGUGGGUCAGAGAGAAGUCUACAACCCCUGCUUUUUGACUGCGAAGAGAGAAAGGCAAAAGCAAAAGAAAGGGAGCAAUACAGCUCUUUAUCUCCCCCAUUCAUAGAUACAUUGCAUUCCAUUGCCGUGGUAAUGCAGAAGCGAUCUUUCCGAUUGGUUGAAAAAGGGUCCCAUUGAGAGCUGAGACUUAACCCCCCUCUCCACACACCGCCUUUCCAUACAACUCCCAUCUUCCUCUUCAUGCUAUUCUCUGUGUUUGUUCUUUUCAUUCCUCUGUCACGCUCCUCAGUAUUCAGCAGAGGGCUUUUGUAAAAGUGGUUGUCCAGGAGCUGUCAGUGUAUUUGGCAUCCGUACAAAAGAAAAAAAAAGGGGAAAGAAAGGGGAGCUGAAAGACACAAGGACUGCUACUUAAAGGACCUGCAAUUGUGAAACAGCUGACUUCUACAGAAAUAAAAAAAUUGAGGAAAAAAGGCUAAGAAAAAAGGAAAGCCCAAAAAUUUUUUUAAACGCGCUGAGGAAAAAAAAAGAAAGCUUUGCUAAGUCAGAGUUCUAAAAAGAUAUUUUUGUAUUUGUAACAUUCUUACAAAAGUUACUACUGCGGCAAGGAUCUGCUAUGACAAUGAAGGGUGAUUCAGAGGAAAGCAUCGAGACCAUCCAACCAUCCAACUUCCAAGCGUUUGCCAACAGCUCCACCUUGCAUGGCAUGAGCCAUAUCUUUGCCUAUGGCCCCAUGACCUUCCGCCGAUUUCUUUGGACGCUCUCCUUCCUUGGAUCUCUGUGCUUGCUACUGCUGGUCUGCAUGGAAAGGAUCACCUAUUAUUUUACCUACCCACAUGUCACCAAACUUGACGAGAUUGCGGCACCCAACCUCACCUUCCCCUCUGUCACCCUUUGCAACCUCAACGAGUUCCGCUUCUCUAAGAUCACUCGCAAUGAUCUGUACCAUGUGGGCGAGCUGCUGGCGCUGCUCAAAGAUAACCAUGAGAUUGCCAAUCCCCACCUGGCUGAACCUGAUGUGCUGGCUGCACUCAAGGAAAAAGGCAACUUCCACAACUUUAAACCCAAGCCCUUCAACAUGACUGACUUCUACAACCGCACAGGUCAUGACAUAGCAGAGAUGCUCCUGCAGUGUACCUUCCGUGGAGAGGAAUGCUUCUCCAACAACUUCACCACUAUCUACACACGUUAUGGAAAGUGCUACACCUUUAAUUCUGGACUGGAUGGCAAUCCAUUGCUAACCACACUAAAGGGUGGUACAGGAAAUGGGCUGGAGAUAAUGCUGGAUAUUCAACAGGAUGAGUACCUGCCAGUGUGGGGAGAAACUGAUGAGACAUCUUAUGAAGCAGGGAUCAAAGUUCAGAUCCACAGCCAAGACGAGCCUCCCUUCAUUGACCAGCUUGGAUUUGGUGUGGCUCCUGGUUUUCAGACAUUUGUGUCAUGUCAGCAGCAAAGGCUCAUGUACCUCCCUCCCCCCUGGGGAGACUGCAGAUCGUCGGCCAUGGAUUCUGAGUUUUUCUCAUCCUACAGCAUCACAGCGUGUCGCAUCGACUGUGAGACGCGCUACCUGCUGGAGAAUUGUAAUUGCAGGAUGGUGCACAUGCCAGGUACUGCACAUCAGGGCAAAGGUCCGCAUUUAGGAUCUUUAAAUAAGCUUUAGAAGUAACAUUAAUUAUGAGCCCCAUUUCAAAUGCUGUGUUUUAAUUAUUUUAACACCAUUUAUAGUAUUAGAAAUUAAAUUAAUGCAGAGUUCCUGCUUCAGAUUCAUUGCCUUUCUGUGUGUUACAGGGAGAAUAUAUUAGUCCUGGAUAUAUUUUUUGAAGCUCUAAAUUAUGAGACCAUUGAGCAGAAAAAGGCCUAUGAAGUUGCUGGAUUGCUUGGUGACAUUGGGGGUCAGAUGGGUCUCUUCAUUGGUGCCAGUGUUUUAACAAUAUUAGAAAUAUUUGAUUAUCUUUAUGAGGUAUUUAAAGAUAAAGUCUUGGGAUAUGUCAAACGCAAGAAAAGACCACGAAGGUGCCAGAGCGACAAUCUGGAAUUUCCAGAGAACCCAACCAGCCCUGGUGUCACGCCUAAUCAUGUCCCCAGAGUACCUGUGACACACUCAGGAGUCACUCGGACAGUCUCGGAUUCACGCCGAACAUGCUACCUCGUCACCCGACUUUAGGCAACUUUGAGGAGUUUGCUUGUUGACAACAAACCGCUGGGGGGAGGGAAAUUGGUGUUGGCAGUAAACUGUGACAAUAACUGUUAUAAAUAUACAUAUAUAAUAAAAAAAUAAAUAAAAACUACAGUGAAAAGAAUAAUAUUCGGAGAAUAGAAAAGAGUAACAAUGCCUGAAAGAAAUAUAAUCACUUAUCAAAAUUACACAAACUUCCAAAACAGAACUCAGGUUGAACUGACAUCUCCAGGCAUCCAAACUCUGUACGUACUGUAUGUGUUGUUUUUAAUCCUGUUAAGAAUUCCCACACAUCAGGAGCCUACUAUGAUAUCUGUGAAGAGAUGUGAGUCCACAUUCUACUGCGCUGGAAAAUGUACCAUCAAGACUUCCAUGAACCAGAUACAGCUUCACUACUCUCUUCCUGAGAACCCAGAAAGAGCAAAAGAGAAACAACUAUGGACAAAAGAAUGGGCAAUAAAUUCCCAUCAGAACUUUUUCAGGAUUCUGGACCAAUCUGCAAGGCUGAAGAAAAUACUGCAUAGGCAAUGAAAAUCUUCGCAUUUGGCAGAAAGCACUAUGGGAACAGUUAAACUGCAUCUGGGAAGCAAAAGUCAUAAAAAUGAAUAAAUGAAUUGACUACCACUAAUCUGAUAUUAGUGUAUCCAUGUCAUGCUAAAGCAAUGGCUCAAUAGGACAAUAACCUGUAAAUGUCUCCUGUGGUUAUAUUGAGACUGGAAAUGUGAAGGAGAAAAAGUCCCUCACUGCAAUGUCAACAUCCUCACCAUGGAUUGUGCGAAGCAGAAUUCUCACAAUUUGCUGCUUGAGAUAUGAAUUCUAAUGUUUUCUGAAAGUAGUAUAAAGAUAUAUUUGGUAGUACUGAGGUAUCAUCUCAGCUCAUGUUUACAGUAACUGUAGAUUUGAGGUUUUAUUAGUCCAGCUACACACCACAGAUGAAUACUGAAAUAUGUAUAAAUCAAUCAAAAGGGAAUAAGUCACAAAGAAAAACGAUUUGAAGGGUCAUAAGCAAAGUUGUCUGUUUGUUUGUCCCAUAUACUAACAAGGGGAUGUCAAGGGAGGUGAGGGAAAGACACAAAAUUUAAAUGUCAUUAGUAGCUGAUGCUGAAAAUUUGAUUUACAAAACUCAUUUUCACAAAUGGUCAGGGCUGAAGGAAUUAAUCUGACUGUGUUUCAGUGGUUUGGGGGUUAUAACCAAUCUGAGAAGUUGCAAUCUGUCUGGGGAAAGAUCAGAACUGAAAAGAAGCAUACAAAGAGAGAGUUAACAAUUACUUUUUAUAUGUGGUCAGUUAAUUAUUACAUGAUAAUUAUUAAAUUACUAUGUUAUAUUAUUAACUUUUCCAUUUUAGGGGAAUUGCCUUCAGAUACCAAAGGAAGACUAAUCUACUUUAAACCUCAGGUUACACCAUUUUUUCAGUUACACUAAUGAAUCCAAUUAUUCACAAGACUAUUUAUGUAAGAAAUGCAAGACAAGUACCAAGGGAUUGAAAACUUACCUGCAAAAUAGGUUAUCUAAAGUUUUAUGACAGAGAAAAAAAUAUUAUUUAUCCACAUAUAAAAAACUGAAGGCCUCAGAUGAGUUUAAAUAAAUACAACAAGGACAUGAAUAAAAUUUGACUGUAACUGAAUCAAAACAAAAAUCUACUGCCCCUAUCUAAUUUUUAAUGUACUUGAAAAAGACUGACCUCUACUCUUUUCUUAUAAAAUUUCCAUUAUGGGUUGGUUCCUAGAGAAUGUUGCUAGGAUACAACACAUCAUCUGAGAGUGUCCAAAGCGUAUUUGAUGUAGAUAAAAUUUGAUUUUUUCCCAAACGGUUUAUGCAGCACAACAUUAGAAUCUGUCUUGGAACAUUAUGGUGAAGUCUCUAACUUAAACAUUUGAAAAAAAAUCCCAGAAGCCUGUUCUAGAUGGUCUAGGAAAUCUGAUGGUUAGUCUGGUCUGUACAGUAUUAGGGUCAAGUGGAAAUUCUUGUACCUCUGAUUUUUUUUCAUGUAAAUCUUCUAACCACGUCCUUUAAUUGGUUUUGCCAUGGAGUUCAUUUGAAUCUCUGUAGCAACCCUUUAUUUUGAUGAAAAUAAAUGAUAUUCUUGUUGGGACAGAUUCAUCUUUAUCGUCUGGUAUAGGUAGUUUCAGUAAAAAUAAUGUAAGAUUCCUAAGUAAUUCCCAUCUAUGAGUAUUUGUUUUGGACACCAAGAAUCAAAAUGGCAAGAUUUUUGAACAUCCCUCAAACAUAUCUUCUCAUUUUGAUGUUAAGUUCUUCUCAGUUUGGAAUUGACAUUGCAAGUAAAAAGCACUGGAAAUGAAUGGUCUCCUGCAAUUACAAUGCAACUUUUUCCAAAAUGAUCUGCUUCAGCUGGGAUGGGGGUGACAAAGGUCAAUGCAUAUAGUCUUGUAAGUCUGACAAGUGCGCCUCUGUUAUGCCUCUGCUGGGAUUUGAUCACUGCUUGCAGGCUCAGAGCAAACACGAACUACUUCUGAGAAAGCAGAGAUCUCUGCUGAGCUGAAAGCCUAGGUCUUUCACCACAGGAGAAUACUACACUGUUUCAAGCAGUGUCAUCACUUCUGUAACAUGCUCAGUGCACUGAGCCCUGUUAAGUCCUGAUAACAGCCUUCAUUUCCCCAGGCUUUCUGUGUUCAUAAUGUGUGGUGCUUUUUCUGAACAGAUGCAUAGUUGAUGACCCCUCAUCUGUUCUUUACAAAGAAAUACUGUAUAUUACUUAUGUUGCACUUCAUUGCUGAAAGUGAUAAAAUAAUUAUCUGUUGUUUUGUUAGCGCACAAUACGGACCAUUAACAAAUGUUUAACUAGAAAAGAGACAUGUACUGCAGAGACCAGAGGGUCUAUGCCAUUCUGUGAUUUUUCACUGGUAGACCAACUUUCUCUAAACAUUCAAAUGCCACACAUUGGCCACUGAGGUGUUAAAUAUUCCAACCUAUCACUGUGAAAAUGGGAAAAGCCAACAGGUGACAUCUUGUGGAUAUUACUAUUAGAAGUAUGCAUGCCAUGAGCAGUGACAAGUCCUGUAAAGAAAAUGAAUCAAUUUGAUUGUUAACUGUGUUGACAAAUCCUGCUGAUGUGUAGUCUUAUAUUGUACAGGAGGUAGAAGUCCCUGUUCAGCACAUAACAUUGUAAAUACUAAACAAUAAGCCUAUAUACUUGUUUUGUAAGAUGUUCUAAAAACAAAAAAAAAAGAAAAAGAACAAAAGAAAUUAUGCCUGUCAAUGGUGACUUGUGCACAAAGUUAAUAAGAAACAUUACAUUGAGAUGGAAUCAUUCUGCUUGUCAUGCUGUAUUCUUAUGUUAUUGAGUCAAGAAGUAGAGCAAAUGUUUCUCUGACAUGGUUAGAGAUCUCUGAAAGAUACAAUUUACAGUACAAGCAGAACAAAGAGAAAAUCAGUUAUGUGCAUGCCAGAAAUUAAAAUGUAACUUUAUUCAACUUGUUUGCAGGCAUGAGGUACUGUCAAUGAAGCACUGAACCUCCAGUAUGAGGCUGUGACGCCUGAGAGGUGUUAAAAGACGGGCUUUUCAAAGUUGGGAUGAACAGUCUGCCUACACUACCCCUGUCCCCAAUGAGCGGUCACUAGGUUCAUAAAUGCGAGAUAAAAAGAAAAAUACACGCAAUUGGCAAUCCAGAUCAAGUGAGUGUCACAAAAAAAAAAAUUGAUUCUUUUUUUAAAUGAAAUUCGUCCAAACUGUUGAGACAAUGACUGUAAGUGUACAUUUUGUCAUCUAAAAUGCCGGCAGGUGACAGACCAGUUUGUGCAAAUCACUAGCCAUUCAGCCCAGAAGACGUUAUGCAGUAAUGUUGUUAUAAUGCAGUAUUUUGGAUAUAGGUCCUUGUAAUUCUUUCAUACAGAAAAAUCAUAACGGGGGUUUCACUGCUGUGUUAAUGAUUAAGAGAAAGGUUCAAUGCAUUGCAAUGGUGGUACUUAACUGCUCUUUUGUACGAUUCAUCCUCUGAGUCACUUUAUUAGUAGAUCUUGGAGGGCUUGAACUCUCCAUCUUACACAUGUCUGAUGACUCAGUGAGACUUAAAAAAAAACAAUUACAAAAAGCAAAGAAAAAUGACAAACCAGAGGCCUGAAAAAAAUAAGGCACUAAAGCUGUUUAUUAUCUUUUGCCUCAAUACUAUUUUGUGCAGUCAUCUUUCAAGAUACCAGGAAAUCAUAUAUUUAUUAAUUUCAGUACAUUGUUUUAGGUUUAUCAUCAAACUAAAAUCUAAGGGAGUUUUGUGAGGCCUCAGUGAGUCCUUGGUAUUAACCUUAUGAAGUGAAAUAAUGAAGUGAAAAUAAUUGUUUAACCUUAAUACAAAAGGGUGCAAAUUUUUUUGUGCAGUGAAUGAGUAGAACACAAAAAAACUCUCUGCCAAAAUAUGCAUUUAGAAAAAUACUAGCUUAAGUAGUCAAUACUGUAUCUGAAGGAACAUUAAAAUGUAAUUUCUGCCUUUUGUAACACAUAUGUUGUUUUUUUGUUAUUGAGCUUGGAAACCCAAAAUGAUGUUUCUUUACUUUUAAAAAAGUUCAAUAUGAUCCCAGAACAUGCUUCUAUUAUUCUACUUAUUUGUCUAUGUCUGGAUGUCUGACAAUUAGUUAAUAUAUAUUUUUUAUGAUGAGAAAUACAACAUUUGUAGAAAUGUGCAUUUGACAAAGUAGUAAUAAGAAACGCUGGUAGUGAUUGAGGUGAUACCUGAUAAUACUAGAGAAUGUCUUAUGUUAAUUGAACCAGCUAUAAAUCGUUAUGCUUUCAAAGCACAGAAGGUGUUGUAUUUCUUAACAUAAAACCCAUAAGAUUAAAGAAGAAUUGCAUGUCUGCUUACCAAAAAGUAACUGAAGUAAGUAGUGUGUGAAGUAACCAGUACAACAUCUCCAAUGUAACCCAUUCAACUAAUGAACUUUUGUGUGCAGUUAAUCAUUGCUUUUAUGAUCUUUUGUUCUUAUGUGGUUAGCCUUACAAGUCACUUUAACUUUAGAUGAUUCUGUGACACAUUGCAUUUCAAUGCUUUGAUGCAUAGUUCAUGUUUUUUUAGUCACCAAGAAUAUAUUUAUUCCACACAAGCAAAGUUUGUGUUUAUUCUGUGUAUAAUUUCCAGGCACAUAAUAAUAGAGUGAGCAUGUGUGAAAUAAAAACACAUCUUUCUGAAGGUAAUCAAUUUCUGAAUAUGAAAAACAAAUGUUGGAAAUGACAUUUUUGUUUUUUAAACAAGGACCAGAUUCAUCAUGAAUAAUACUUUGAAUUUGAAAUGUAGAAAUCAUUAUAUCAAUUGUAUCAAAAAGGUAUCUGCAAAUAUGUUAAUUCUAUUUUUACAUUUUUAUUUGCUAUGCAACAUCAGUUUUGUCCAGAUAUUAUUAUCAUUAUAUUGUUUUGAAGCUUAUUUUGAGAACAAGGAAGCACAUUUUAUUUUGUUUGUGGUUGAUAUACUUAUGUUACAGCAAGUGGACUCCUAGUCAUAAUAUAUUUUUGGUGACAAGAAACUGCAAAACUUGAGUUCCAGAGGACAUAGCAUUCAAUAUACAGGAAAUUAGGACAUAAAUCUCAGGAGUACAGACCAGUUUCUGAAUAUCUCAGCUGGUACUUUUCAGACUACACUUUUUUUUGUCUUUGUAUGUGGCAUCAAAGUCUCUCAUUGCAGAAUAAAAUCAUUUAUCUCCUUAAACCCCUUGAACGUAUUACAGGACAGCAUGAGCCAGGACAGAGAAUUCUGGGACAAUAAGCAAAUUUCCAAAAAGAUGGCCAAUUGCUUCAGCAACACACUUUUAUCAUGAAUAAAAUUGAAAGAAACAAGAACAAAACAAUGAAUGUAAAUUUAAAGCAAUUGUUUUUAAACUUAUCUCAGCCUAAUAUUAGUGCGUAGAUCUAUCAUAAUCUAGUCAAUAGUAGUCUCUUCUUCCAGCUGAAAGUGCACUGUGCUGUUGUGUUCCUCUCCUUCUCUGCCCUUCCUGCAUGCUCACUGCGUGCUCCCAAUGUCUCAUGUACUUCUGUGUUUACCCUGCAGUGUUCAAGUACAUAUUCAGUAUAUAUCUAUCAGUAAUGUACUUUGAAGCCAGAUGAACUAAAUUCCAAGUCAAGUGAGAGAUAAUCUGUGCAGAUAUUGCUCCACACUGAGAACGAAAUCUAAAAAUGUACAUACAUGAUCAUAUCUGUAGACCUGUAGUCUUUUAUUGUAUAAUUCAAGAACAUUAAAAGCAUAAUUGUACACAAAAUAAAACUUCAAUGUGUAACUCAUACAUUCUUGUGAUUUUAAUUAUAAUCAUACCAAAAGCUUUAUAUACUAUACAGUAUAUGCUUUUUUAGCAAUUGUCACAAUAAAAGAAAACAAUUGAAAGGCACAUUCAUCAGGUUCGAACUUGAACAGGUGUGAAGAAAAUGUCACUUUGAAUAUUGAACUCCUGAAGCACUUGCCCAGUGACCUGCAUUUACGUAGAUUUAGGGGUUUUCUGCUUUUGCACUGUCAAAAGGUCACUGAGCUGCUAGGUCAUUGCUUUUAUUGUGAAGCAAAAACAAAACAAUGCUGGGAGAGCACCACCAAACAUGUGAAGUGAGCCCAAUUUAUUUAAUUGUGCCUUUUAUACACAUUGUCAGUUCCUUUUAUGUUUCACACUCCUGGACCUAAUGAAAGGAAGCGGUGUCUAAUACUGGACACUUUUAAUUUGUUCUUCUCCAGGACCUGUAGUACAACUGGGAAACAUAAUAUUAUUUUACAGUACAGAUCUGCUUCUGUUGAACAUGACUUGUCAUUGCGCUGUAUAUUAUUUUACAUAUUUCUUGUACAUGACGAUUGCUUUUGAUGGCCUUUUUAGCAGAGGUCUUUGGGUUGUCUUUCAUUGCCAUUAGAACCUACAGUAUUACUACCAGUGUAAUAAUACUGUAGAUUUCCAGUUUAAUUUGAAGACUGAAAGCAACAAUCUUUGUCUUUCUACAUGGAUGGAAGAUCUUUUGCAUUGUGUGGUAGAGCAUUUUGAGACUUUUUUGUGCAUUAGGGUACAAUAUAUACGAAAUAAUUGAUUACAAAUCAUGGAAAGAAGGUACAGUAACUACUGUACAAGACUGUACCUAAAGUACAAUGCAAAGCCUACUGAAGAGCAGAGCUUACAGUGCCUCUGCAUGAUAAAAACAAAAUGUGACAAGACAGACAUUUAUUUUAUAUCAAACACAAUGCAAAUUAUGUAAGGAAAUACUGAAUGCAGCCAUUUCUAUGUUCUUAAAUUUGUAUUUGUAUGCCCUCUUACAUCUAGCUUAUAUGAUGACUGAUACCUGAGGGGUGGGAUUUCUUUCAUCUGGCUCUAUUUACUGUAUAAAUAUAUUCCGUAAAUAACUAUCUGCAUAUUUUGUGAAUGAGCUAAGAGCCAACGUGUUAUUUAAAUAAAUAAAAAAUCUCUCACUCA